CAUUAGCAACAACACAAGAUAGAGUAACAGGCGACCCAAUCUUGAAUUCUUCGAAACCAACUCAGAUGGUGUAACUAGUUGUUUCAUAAGAUUCUCUAGCUUCCUCAACGGAUGUGAUAUUGCAUGUAGGAAUCAGAUGAGGUGAGAGUUUGUUAUUUUAGCUAAUGGAACAAUGCGGACCAGCAUGGGCAUUCACACCGGGUGAAUGGUAUUGUCUUUAUUUUUCUUAUCAGAACUUAGUUUUUCAAUAAUAUUUAAAUGAUGUGGCAAAAUAAUGGUAGCUGAUUAAGGGUUUUAAAGGAUGAAAUAGGAGUUGGACCUCUAUUGUACUUGCGUCAGCACAUGAAUUAUCAUGGAAAGAAAACUAUAGACGUGCAUCGCAUUUCUUCUUGGGGUUGAAGUAAAGGUGCUAGAUUCGUUUAGUUAUUCUUUUAAUAAAUAACAAAAAUAUAAAUUAAAUGAAAUCAAAAUAAAUUUUAAAUGUAAAAAAGUUUAAUUUACAAUUAUUAUUAUUAUUAUCUAAGGGAUAAUCGUAAGUUGUUUUGUUUUCCAAAUUCGUACGAUAAAAGCGUAGGAAAAGAGAAAACAAAACAAAAAUUUGCACUGAUGAUUGAUGCAAGAUAACCGUAGGGCAUUAUCCUUGUUGCUCAAGCAGAAUAUUUUGCGUCACUCAGACACUCACUGUCCCCCUAGAUGUGCCGAUUGCAGGGCCGAGAAAUGAUCAAAACACCCUCGUAUCCUACUUCACCACUCCAUGUCCACAUUCGGUAUUUCAAAAUCUUUGCAGUUUCACCCUCUCCCUACGCUGUCGCUCGCCAAUAAGAAUGCGACCCGAAUCAGUCGGACUUCACCUAAUCAGCGGCUCGCCGAUCUUUUCACUUCCCCACUGCUGCUUUAAUUCCUCCUCCUCCUCUAUUAUAAGAAAAUCCGACUCUUGAAAACCCGACCCGUAAUCAUAACCCAAACUCUUCAUUCUAAGACUUAAACCCUCAUGACUGAUAGCGUCUUUUUCACUCAACAAGUUGCUAACAUUCAACCCACCGCAAAACAAUGACCCAUACCUCCAAAACAAAGAUUUCAUACGAGCAAAAGCAGGAAAGCCAUUUUUUUAACAUGGGUUGCAAUGGCAAUGAGUUCAAAAGGAAUGAUUUAAAGCAAGAAAGAAGUGGAAAAAAUGAGCCAAACAAAGGGCCUUUAGAGAGUGAAAAUGAGAAGGGCAGGUUUUGGACUGUUUGUCCAUACUGUUAUUACAUGUAUGAGUAUGAAAAGAAGUAUGAAGAGUGUUGCUUGCUUUGUCAGAAUUGUAGAAAAGGGUUUCAUGGAGUGGCGGUGGCUGCGCCUACGGAAAGUUUGUUGGUGAAAGGGAAAGAUGGUGGGUAUUAUUCUGGAUAUGGGUUUUUUCCAUUAGGUUGUUUUGGGGAUAGUUUCUUGGGUGGCAAGAAAGAGGUUGGUGGGGGAGAUACCGGGAAAAAGCAUGAGGUUGUGGAGAUAUCUGAUGAUAGUGAUGAUGAGAAGAAAAAUGUGGAUGUGAAAAAUGAGGGUAGUAAAGUGAAAGUAGAAGUUUUGAACUCUGGUGAAGGAAGACGUGUAAUGACGAGAGUAAAAUCUGUGCCGAGGAAUACAAAGAAAAUAAUGGGAAAAGGGGUAAAGGGGAAGAAAGUUGAGAAGAUGAGUGUUCUAGAAAUGAAUGUGGAGUCUGGGAAUGGAGUUGGAGAUGGUGAUUGUGGAAGUGGUGGAGGAGUAAGUGUUGGAAGUGGAUGUCAGGAUGGAUGUACUGAGAAUGAGUUGGAGUUCUUUGAGGGAGAUGAUGAUAUAUUUGUUGGGUUGAAGGGUAUUUAUUGAUCCAAGUCUAUGGAGAGCGUAUGGUUAUUUGAGGGUUGUAAAGGGAGUCCUCUCUGUGCUUAUAUGGUUCUAACAGUAGACAGUUUAACAGGAAAGCAAAAUUGUGUAGGGCACUGACAAUGUGUUUUUGCUAAUCCCAUAGUUGAAAACGAAAUGCAGUGGUUGUAAUGUUCUUGAAUCUGGAUAAUUCUUGUUAUUUCAUGGUUAUUGGUAAUGCAAAUCGUGUUAUGGAUCUUAAUUAUGUGCUUUGAUCUCUUGUUUAACUAUUUGUCCUUGAAGGGAGAGUUUUUCUCUGUUUAGAUGACAUGUUAGAAGGGACUUGAUAGCCAUGGCGAUUAUAGUGUCAAACAUCUGUUUCUCGAACAAAUUUUGUUAUAACCAGUUGUGUAGGAUUUACUUGACAUUUGUCUUUACGCAUCAAGUAGUUUAGCUUGAUUGAGAACUAAGCUGAAUUUCCUGAUAAUAUUUCUCAAGUUUUGCAUGCUCAGUGUUUAAAUAAUUUUAGCUUUUGAUGAAGAUACUGGGAUAAAUAUUUUAGAUCUAUGAAAAUGCCUUUCUAGAUAAGCUGGUUCCAUCUGAUUAAAAUGCCUAUCUAAGAAGUAAGAAUAAAUUUGUGGAUACUUAAGGGUUUGUGAGAUAUGA